GUAUACAAAAGUUCCUAAAAAUAGAAAUGAGGAGAAGACAGGAUUUCGACGACUAAAACUCACAAAAACAACACAAAUGGCGCAUUGGUUUCACAGAAAUCCAAUCAAAGCUACUGCUCCUGUAUCUUUCGAGUCCCUUCGUUCGACAGUGACAAAUUCCGCGGCUGGGAAAAUCAUAACGGACCUGAAAACAAACCGAGCCAAACUUCUGAGCCUGUUGACAGACCCUGCUAACGAGGUUCAAACUGUCCAGCAGGCUUACGAGGUGUACCUCUCUCUACUGCAUGGACUAGUUAACGACCCAGGCGGGGCUGGGGACAGCAAGCUGCGUAAGCUGAUCAUGUUCAAGUGGACCAACUCAAUCUGUGGAAACACUCCAUUGUGUGAGGCUGAUACAGUCUUUGAGUUGCUGUCCAUGUGCAUGAACAUAGCAUCCUGGUACACCAAGCAUGCCGCUAAACUGGCAGCCAAGGAGGACAUUUCAAUGGAUGAGGCCAAGGAAGUCCAUACCAGCUUGAGAACAGCUGCAGGCAUGUUCCAGUAUGUCAAGGAUCAGCUGCUGGGGAGACUUGAACAACUAUCUGCUGAAAAAGGAGCUGAUAUAGAGAAGCGUGUUGUGGAGGCGUACCACAUGCAGUGUGUAGCAGAGGCACAGGAGGUGACCGUGGCUCGUGCAGUUGAGCUGAAACAUAAGGCAUCCCUAAUCUCCUCUCUGGCAAAUGAGACUGCGAAGCUCUUCACAUCUGCUGCUGAUUCCCUCAAGUCUGUGGAUGACUUGAAAGCUGGAAAAUGGAGGAAGUAUUUGGAGUUAAAAGCUGCUUUUUAUGAAGCAUAUGCAUAUUGCUUCCAGGGAGAGCAGUUACUUGAUGCUGAUGAAUGUGGCAAAGCAAUUCGAUCUCUACAGGAGAGUGAGAAGUUGUACAAAACAGCUGAGGCUCUGUGCCGUGACUACUCAGCGACCAAGGGGCCUGGGACAACAGCUAGGCCCCAGGAACACCCAUUUUUCAGACGCAUCGGUCCACUCAUGAAAACAAGGCUAGACAAGGCAACAAGAGAAAAUGGCUUCAUUUAUUUCCACAAGAUCCCUGAAGAGCCCCAGGAGCUUGAUAUGAAAGCAACUUUUGGACUCGCAAGCCCACAAGAGUUCAUUCUUCCUGCUCCUAAUGCCAUUUGGACAGAGGCAUAUGCAGCGUUUGACGCAACUAAAGCUCAGCCACCACAGAAACGUAGUGCGGAAGGCGAUCUGAACCCGGUCCAAGAAUCAGAGGACAAAGGCCCUGUCAAACCCGCCAAGAAUUCAUCUGGAUGUGUUGUGUCCUAAAUUUAAAAUACUUCAUAGAAUCCAUACCUUAUGAUCAAAUCCCAUUUAUUACGAAUUCCUUUGUAUAGUAGCACAUCAUUAGAGCCAGCAACUACAAAAAUAGAAUGUGCUUUGUCCAUGGACAAUUGAUUUUUGAAAAACAUAGCAAUUUUUAAGUGUUUGGGAAAUCUAUAAAAAAUGUUUGAUAUCUGAUGUAGAAAUGAGUGGUUCCAAGACACAGACAACAGUGUGUCUCACGCAACAGUAGUACAGAGUGGGCGACAAUGUACAGAAAUCGAACUACAUUUCAUAGAAACAUCCACGUGUUAUUCUUAUAUAGAAAUUUCGGUUUCGUAGUGUCGAGGAAGGGGCUGUCAUGGUACAUAGCUUUAUUUUCUAGACUAGUUAAUCAAAUAUUCUGUAAUUUUUGUGUACAUUUUUAUGUUUUAGAAAUACCGUUUUCUGGUCAAGUAUGAUAACACCAUAAUAAUAAAAAAUACAAACCUUCUUCAAAAAA